GACCGGCUACGGGUUUCCCUCAUGGAGAGCGGAGGGCGGCCCUCGCUGGGCCAGUUCAUCCUCCUGGGCACCAGCUCUGUCGUCACCGCCGUUCUGUACUCCGUGUACCGGCAGAAGGCCCAGGUCGCCCAAGAGCUCAAGGGUGCUAAAAGAAUCCACCUGGGUGAAGACUUAAAGAGUAUUCUUUUGGAAGCUCCAGGAAAAUGUGUGCCUUAUGCUGUUAUUGAAGGCGCUGUUCGAUCUGUUAAAGAAACACUUAACAGCCAGUUUGUGGAAAAUUGCAAGGGUGUGAUUCAGCGUCUGACGCUGCAGGAGCACAAGAUGGUGUGGAAUCGGACAACCCACCUUUGGAACGACUGUUCAAAGAUCAUUCACCAAAGGACCAACACGGUGCCCUUUGACCUGGUGCCCCACGAGGACGGCGUGGAUGUGGCUGUGCGGGUGCUGAAGCCCCUGGACUCGCUGGACCUGGGCCUGGAGACUGUGUACGAGAAGUUCCACCCCUCCAUCCAGUCCUUCACGGAUGUCAUCGGCCACUACAUCAGCGGUGAGCGGCCCAAAGGCAUCCAGGAGACCGAGGAGAUGCUGAAGGUGGGGGCCACCCUCACAGGCGUGGGCGAGCUGGUCCUGGACAACAACUCCGUCCGCCUGCAGCCCCCCAAGCAGGGCAUGCAGUACUAUCUGAGCGGCCAGGACUUUGACAGCCUGCUGCAGAGGCAGGAGUCGAGCGUCAGACUCUGGAAGAUCCUGAUGCUGGGCUUUGGCGUUGUCACGUGUGCCACCCUCUUCUUCAUCCUCCGAAAGCAGUAUCUGCAGCGGCAGGAGCGGCUGCGCCUCAAGCAGAUGGAGGAGGAGUUCCGGGAGCACGAGGCCCGGCUGCUGAGCCAGGCCAAGCCCGAGGACAGGGAGAGUCUGAAGAGCACCUGUGUCGUGUGCCUGAGCAACGUCCGGUCGUGCGUCUUUCUGGAGUGCGGGCACGUCUGUUCCUGCGCCGAGUGCUACCGCACCCUGCCGGAGCCCAGGCGGUGCCCCAUUUGCAGACAGGAGAUCGCCCGGGUGAUUCCCUUGUACAACAGCUAACAGCCUGCCAGGGCCCCGCAGUGAGACGUGGGAGGCCCUCCCUGCCCGCUCAGGGGUGUUUAUCUCGAGGCCUUUAGAAGAGCAGCGGUGGGGCAGCUGUUACCUCACACCCCCACCUCAGGAUGCUGCCUGUUCGACCUGCACCCAGUGGGGGACUCACAGCCCCUCCCCGGGGCGGGCCUGGGGGCGCUGCAUCCCUUCCGGGAGCCUGGCCGGCGUGUGUGCGGCUGAGACCACCUCAUCGAUCUUGAGCCAAAGCCAGUGACUCCAGCUCUUCUGCUGCAGCAUCUUCUCGUCCCUUCUGCGAGCUGUCGAUUCCUGUGGACUUGAGCCUUGAGUGACUUGGCCAGAGAGGAGGCAGAGCUGCCCCCGAGGAGACUCUGUCACGGCCUUCCUCCUCUUUGCUUACACCCCAGGAAAUGUGUCAGGCAGGACACGUCCCUUGAAUCCCUUUCCCCUCACCUGCUUGCCUCCUAAAUGUGCACAUGUGUGUGUCAGGACGACAGGGAGUGAAAUCCCACAUCUGCCCUCUACCUAAUGGGUUGGAACUCCGGUCAGUAGAGUGAAGAGAGGUCAUUUGCAGGGACACUUGGAAUGGUGCUCAUUCUCUGAUCCCCUGGGGCAGUGGUGACAGGGCACCUUUGCUGCCGUCCUCCUGAGGGCUCCACAGACCUAGAGAGAGGGCCACCGGAGCCUGCUUCCGGCCCUGACUUGGAACUCCUGAGGCCUGAGAGGCCGAAGGGUGGCUCCAAUUUUUCCCUGCCCGAGAUGCGCUGGAAAGCCCCCUGCCCCCACUGCCCUGGGGAGCAGUAAGGACGCCGCUGCCCCAGCCUCCUGGCUUUCUCAGCUCCUCACCCAGGCUCUCACCAAGGAAAAGGAGCAGCCGGCAUCCUGAGUGUGGGGCCUUUUCCAGGCUUCUUCCCUCACCCCCUGCCCCCCACUGAAAAGUGAACAUCCUAUGGGUGUGAUCACAGCGCCCCUUCUCAUUACGGUUCUCCCCCUCCCUCACCUGACCCGCUUGAGUUCGUGAGUGUAAGCAGUGGGAGAACCUCUCUCCACCUCUGAGUAGUCAAAGGUCUGUGCACAGCUCCGUCUUCUCUCCCUUCUUUGGCUUCAAAUAUCCAUCCCCCAAUCCUCCUUUGUGCAGGGGAGGUGGGGGUGCUCUCAGGGGGCAGACACCUGCAGUGUCCAGUGUGGACAGCACAAAUAAAACGCAUUAUAACUGA